AUGGGUUCUUUAGAUAUUGCCGCAAAUAUGCCCAUCAUAUGGAGACAUUCCGUAGACGAAGAACGGUACGAAAAAGCACGCGUUGGACGUGUGUUCAAUCGUCGACGACCAAAGAGAUACCCCGUGGCUGUGGUUGAGGCGGAAAGUGAAGAGCACAUCGUCCAGGCAGUGAAGUUAGCGAUUGGGCAGCAGCUGAGAAUCUCAGUGCGGUCCGGGGGUCAUUCUUGGGCGGCCUGGAGCGUCCGCGAUAAUGCCGUUCUUUUGGAUUUGGGCAAAUGGGAGCAUAUCUCUCUUGAUAAGGAUGCUGGCACUGUGACUGUCUCGCCGAGCACGACUGGGCAUGUAUUGAACAACUACCUGGGUCAACAUGGCUUCCUAUUCCCUGGAGGCCACUGUCCUGACGUGGGUCUCGGGGGAUUUCUGUUGCAGGGUGGUAUGGGCUGGAAUUGCAAGAAUUGGGGUUGGGCUUGUGAGAAUAUUGUGGCGUUGGACGUCGUGACAGCGGAUGGCGAACUCGUCCGUGUAGACGAGGAACAAAACUCCGAUCUCUUCUUCGCUGCGAGAGGUGCAGGGCCUGGAUUCCCUGCCAUUGUGACUAAGUUCCACCUUAAAGUGCGGAAGUCAUACACGAGCAUGCUAGCUUCCACUUUUGUAUAUCCCAUCUCGAAAUAUUCGGAGGUGCUGGAUUGGGUGGUGAAAAUCAGCCCUGGUUUCGACGAUGCGGUCGAGAUUGUUGCCUGCGCAAACACACCGGCAGAGGUUGGCGAGAUUUGCAUCACUGCCCACUUCGUUACCUUCAAGAACACGAGAGAAGAAGCGGUCAAGUCUCUCGAACUGGCUAACACGACGAGACCUGAAGGGUUCUUAGUUGAGAUCGUAAAUGAGCCAACGAGUCUGGCAGAAGAGUACAAGGCUCAAGCACUGGCGAACCCAACUGGUCAUCGCUACUGCGCCGAGAACGGAUACAUUAAAAAUGACAGCAACGUCGCGGCAGUCCUCGAGCCCUCUUUCACCACGUUACCUCAUCCUAAAGCGUUCGCCAUCUGGUUUGCCAUGAAUCCGUGCAGCAGGCGUGAGCUCCCUGAUAUGGCGUUGAGUAUGCAAUCCGAUCACUACUUUGCAGUUUACACAGUCUGGGAAGACGAGAAUGACGACGAGCGGUGUCAGAAAUGGACCCGAGGUGUAAUGAAGGACUUGGCCCCUCACUGUGAGGGCGCCUAUCUGGGGGAUUCAGACUUCCAGAUCAGGCAGACCAAAUUCUGGACGGAUGAUAAAGCAAACCGCCUAAUGGAGAUCAGGAGGCGGCGUGACCCUACUUCCAGGAUCUGUGGAUACUUGAUCCCUGGCGACGCCUCUGGUGCUGAAGGACUAGAAAAUAUUGACAAAUUGCAUUUGGAUUGA